AUGGCGAGCUUAUUUCAUCUGCCUGAAGAUGUCUUGGAGGAAAUCUUGAUGAGGGUGCCUCCUAAGUCUCUAAAAAGCUGUAAAGGCGUUUGCAAGUUGUGGUACGUUACGAUAAAUAAUCCUAAAUUUAUAGACGAGCAACUCAAUUUCAGUAUUGGCAACAACAAACAUCCAUCAUCCGUAACCUUAUUCGUCACCUGGGAAAAGAACGACCCAUCAUUGCAUGAAUCCUUCAGCAGUCAGGACACAGAUCUUUGUCUAAAACAAGCAUUGUCAGCGGUUACAAUCGACGACGAAGAUUACAGUGAUAGUGACCAUCUUCCUUAUGUUAUUGAAGAAAUCAAUUUCCCACCUGAUCCGGAAACAGAGAGAGCAGAUUUUCCAAACUUGGAGAAUUCAUGCUUCUCCGGACAUUUUUCACCCUCUGGGUUCAUGUUUUCAGGAGCUGGAUUUGGGUAUGAUCCAAAAGCCAAUGAUUACAAAUGUCUUAAGCUUUUUUCUUCUACAUUACAUGCUGAAGCAAAUAGAGCUAUGGUAAAUGCUGGUGUUGACAAUGGGGUGUACCACAGAGGGUUUGCAAGAUUUUGA